GAAAUAUUGCAUUUAUUUUCUUCGUUCUAGUAGGUCGUGGAAUUUGGUUCGGAAUUGUCGGGAGGAAUUAUAAGUUUUAAUUGGCGCGAUGAGGGAGAUUGUACACAUCCAGGCUGGCCAGUGCGGCAACCAGAUUGGCGCUAAGUUCUGGGAGGUAAUAUCGGAUGAGCAUGGCAUCGAUCCAACUGGCACCUACCACGGGGACUCCGAUCUUCAGUUGGAGCGGAUCAACGUGUAUUACAACGAGGCCACGGGUGGGAAGUACGUGCCCAGGGCCGUGCUGGUCGACCUGGAGCCAGGGACGAUGGACUCCGUCCGGUCCGGCCCCUUCGGACAGAUAUUCCGGCCGGACAACUUCGUGUUCGGACAGUCCGGUGCUGGCAACAACUGGGCGAAAGGACACUACACGGAGGGCGCGGAGUUGGUUGAUUCGGUGCUCGAUGUUGUUCGCAAGGAGGCGGAGGGCUGCGACUGUUUGCAGGGAUUCCAGCUGACGCAUUCGCUUGGAGGCGGCACCGGAGCUGGUUUAGGUACUUUGCUGAUCUCCAAAAUUAGGGAGGAGUAUCCCGACCGCAUCAUGAAUACGUUCAGCGUGGUUCCGUCUCCCAAGGUAUCUGAUACGGUCGUCGAGCCCUACAAUGCGACGCUAUCUGUCCACCAGCUCGUAGAGAAUACUGAUGAGUCUUACUGCAUCGACAACGAAGCCCUCUACGACAUCUGCUUCCGGACCCUCAAAUUAACAACACCAACGUACGGUGACUUGAACCAUUUAGUAUCGGCGACCAUGUCUGGAGUCACCACCUGUCUGCGAUUCCCUGGUCAACUGAACGCUGAUUUACGAAAACUGGCAGUCAACAUGGUUCCAUUCCCGCGUCUCCACUUCUUCAUCCCCGGCUUCGCGCCGCUGACGUCGCGGGGCAGCCAGCAGUAUAGAGCGUUGACGGUGCCCGAACUGACGCAGCAGAUGUUCGACGCGAAGAACAUGAUGGCCGCCUGCGACCCUCGUCACGGGAGAUACCUGACCGUGGCCGCCGUCUUCCGAGGCCGCAUGUCCAUGAAGGAGGUCGACGAGCAGAUGAUGAACAUCCAGAAUAAGAAUUCUUCGUACUUCGUCGAGUGGAUACCGAACAACGUCAAAACUGCCGUCUGUGACAUUCCGCCCCGUGGGCUUAAAAUGUCGGCGACCUUCAUCGGGAAUUCAACGGCCAUCCAGGAGCUGUUCAAGCGCAUCUCGGAGCAGUUCACGGCCAUGUUCAGAAGGAAGGCCUUCCUCCACUGGUAUACGGGGGAGGGGAUGGAUGAAAUGGAGUUCACUGAGGCGGAGAGCAACAUGAACGACCUGGUGUCGGAGUACCAGCAGUACCAAGACGCGACUGCAGAGGAGGAGGGAGAGUUUGAUGAGGAGGAGGAAGGCGGAGACGAGGGGGAUUAGCUCGUUUUAUAAGACGUUUAUAACUUUAAUUUGUA